GAAAAGAGAAAAGAGAAGGAGAGGAACAAGAACGAGGUGGAACGAGAAGAGUGAAGAGUCUUUUAUGGAUUCCAACGAGACCUUGGUAUUAGUACGUGAUCGACGGCUCACAUUGGAACAAGAAGUGGAGCCUCAGCAGUGUCUUGUUGUUGAAUGAGGUAUAAACGGCUUCAAAAGUGUAAAAAGUGUUAAAAAAACUAGUCUAUUAAUGUCACGUUAGAAUCGAGGUUUACAGAGGCAAUUCACAACACCGUGUCCCUGGAGGAAUUGAACCCGCCCUUGUUCUCAUCAUGGGUAGCGCACAAUCCCUACCCCACAUUGACGGUUUCUCUCGGGAAGAGAUGACUCGACUUGAAAAACGCUUUCACAAACUCGAUCUGGAUCGUUCGGGAUCGAUCAGUGUGAAAGAGUUCUUAUCGGUCCCGGAAUUGAAGGAGAAUCCGCUCCUUCAAAGGGUGGUGGAUGUGUUCGAUUCGGAUCUCAGUGGUGAGGUGGACUUUAAAGAAUUUGUUUGUGGGUUGGCUCAAUUUGCGGCUGUACGAGACAACAAUGAUGCCAAAUUGGAGUUUAUAUUCAGAAUCUAUGACAUGGACCGCGAUGGGUUCAUUUCCAACGGAGAGCUCUUCCAAGUGUUAAAGAUGAUGGUGGGCAAGAAUCUAACGGAUUCUCAGCUUCAGCAGAUCGUGGACAAGACCAUAUUAUAUUUGGACAAAGACGAUGAUGGACGGAUUAGUUUCGACGAAUUUCGCCUCCUCGUUACCAACGGCAACAAGCUUUCGAAUGUGACUUCCAUCAUGACCGUGGAAGUGUAGGUCCAGUGAGUGACUUGCCCUGUGCUUCUCCUCCCCCUUCUCCUCCCACCCACGAGCAACGUUAUAUUUCAUUCCAUCCAAAUCCAAAUGUACAUCAAACACCGCCUAGUUCUACUCAACUUAGCAACUACUAAUAAUACUAUUGUAAUGAACAAUAAUUUCUAUCAGUAAUUGUACUGCAUGUACUCUCGUAUGCGCGUAUCUGCAAUAGGUACUACGUAAAUGUGCAACAACUCACGCUCUGAUUUCACGGUGUCACGGUGUCACACCACCGUCCUUGGAGUUCCCAAUCACUCACGAUGAACUUGUCAGUGGACAAACACGAGAAGAGAAAGAACGACAGAAAAAGGGGAAGAAAAUAAGAAUCCGUGGAAUGGCUCGGUGGCAGGAGUAGCCAUCAUCACGGGCACACUGAUCUAGCCCCCCCACCCCGACAUUAUUGCACCCCCACGAAUCAUCAUUCCAUGUACUCGUAUGUACCAAAUUCAUCCUCGAAUACAUGGUACCCGUAGUACCCAACCCCGUGUUCAGAAGCCACUCCCCCUACCCACACUCUCCGGGACAGACAGACUCGCCGAAUGAUCUAAAAUUGCAUUUACCCCUCACAUGUCUUUGGUUGCGUGCUUAUUAUACAAUCGUCAAUGUUUUUUGUUCUGAAAGUGAUGAUAUCCUUGCCGAAGCAUUUUUUAUCAUUCCAUGUCGUUGUCUGUGAUGAUUUCUGAUAAAAAACAUACAACACCAUAAUAAAAAUGGCCCUAACCAAAGGACAUUCACUACCUAUAAAA